CAAAAAGGAGAGAAGGAAGCAAAGUCAUUAUAAUUCUGCAGACAGACUUGAGAAACAAGUCGAAGAGGUACAGUCAGACUGGAGCUACCUUUGUGUGAUUGAUUUAUGCCAUUUCUCAUAAGCUUCUAUUAACGGGACUGCUUUAUUGUGUGAUUAAGAUGAUUGCCUUCCUGCUCGCUUUCCUUGCUGCACUUCUGUGUGAAUCCGUCCACAGUGAAGGCUCUUCAGUAGCAUGGUGCUAUAAUGACCCAGCGUGCAAUUUUACCACCUGGCCUGAACUUGCUCCCCAUCACUGCAAUGGAUCCAGCCAAUCUCCUAUUAACAUUGUCACAGCACAAGUUCAGGAAAAUCCUAACCUGACCCAGUUUAAAUUAACUGGUUUUGAUGCCAACACCACCUUCACAUCAAUUACAAAUUCUGGCGUCUCUGUGGUCGUCAACUUGGAUGAUAAAAUAAUGUCAGUGCAAGGAGGCGAUCUUCCAGGUCUCUACGUUUCUAAAAAUUUUCAUCUUCACUGGGGCAGCGGCAGCUCCUUGCCUGGAUCAGAACACACUGUGAAUGGCAAACAGUAUGCAAUGGAGCUGCACAUUGUAAAUGUCCAUUCAAAAUACAACGGGAGUGUUUCUGUUGCUCUAGCUGCUCAUGACAGCUCAGCGCUGGCUGUUUUGGGUUUCUUUAUUGAGGGAACUGAUGAAGCAAACAAAACAAAGGGUUGGGAUGUCUUGACCUCCUUUCUGACGAAGAUCCCGAAUAAAAAUGAUACAACGGUUGACAUUAUGAAUCAAAUCACAAUGAACAGUCUGCUUGAAGGGGUGGACAAGACUAAAUAUUAUCGCUACCAAGGCUCUCUGACCACACCAGACUGCAAUGAAGCUGUCAUUUGGACAGUGUUUAAAGAGCCCAUCAAAGUCAGUAACAACUUGAUCAACCGCUUCAGUACAACAGUGUUUACCAAAACCACAAGUGCUCCAGUUCUGAUUUUUAACAACUUCAGAGGAGUUCAGCCUCUGAAUGGCAGAGUGGUGACAUCUCAGGUGGAGCAAACCGGUUCCUCCGCAGCUCCCUUAUCACCCACCACAUCCAUUUCAUCCUUCACCCUGUUACUGCUCUUGUUCAGUUUGUGUUGCCUGUAAAUAUACUAUUUGUGAUUUUAUUUAAAUAAUUGGACUUUAAUUAAUUUAUUUCCCUGCUGCAUUGUUUACAUUUUCUGCUAUUUUUGUGCAUCUUGUUACAUGGAGGUUCCUUUUUGUACCUGUUGUAUUUCUGCUUCUAUAAUCUGUAUUUUGAAAUGCUUUAAAGUCUUUAAGCUAUCAUUUAAAAAAAAAAAACUUAAUUUAAACCAAGUUUAAAUAGUUUAGACUUUUGUGACUGUACAUUCAUGGUGUGAGAAUAAAUUAGACUUUUUGGUUCUGGAGUGUAAUUAUGCCAUUGUAGUUUUUCCAAACAUGUUUGCAUCAGUAACGACCUUUAGCUUUAUUUGAGUCAAAAAAUAUGGAUUUAAGGGUGAAAAAGAUUUUGUUAAACACCUCAGCCUGAUUUGAAAUGCAUGUUUAAAGUCUAAAGUGGAGUUUCUUAAAUGUGUUCAUUGUACACUCUUUUGGUAUUGACAUGGUGGGUUUUGACAACAUGUGGAGUGGUGUGUACAGUUAAAACAAAUAAAGCCAAACAAAAAGAA